UCAUUUAUUACUUUUAUCUUCGUAAAGCUUCUAUUUUCUAUUAAACAUUUAUGUCGAUCCGUUUUUCCAAUAUCUUAUCAAAAUUAAUUUCAAGAAUAUCGUGAUUAUUUAUGCAACCGUGAUAUAUAGAUUUUCAUCGGCAACGAUUAAAAAGCUCGAGGUUACUCUAACGGAGCACAUGCUUCCAACGUUGAAGUUCAUUCUCGGCUGAAGGUCGGUCAAGAACAUUGAGAAAGGUCAAGGCCGGCCGAACAUAGCGAACAAUCGGCUCGUGACGUGAACUAUCAACCCGUUUGGGAUCGGCAUGGUCGAUUGUUCGUGUGGCAAUUUAACGAGCUGAUUGCUCUUUUGCCCGUGGGACUGUACUUCGUGUAUAUGGCCGUAUCAGCUGUGAGAAAUUUUCUCAAGAGAAACUUCGUCCUUAAUCGAGUUCUUCGUUGUACGUUGAACAUCACGGUGAAUGGUCGAAGUACGCGUGUCUUCGUUCCAGUGAAUCAGAAUUAGUGCGAUUCGCGUUGUUUUUGUUCGGCGUCCCGUUUCAACCGAACCUUUCCUUUCGAUUUCGUGCAAGUGCUCGUUGAACAUUAAAUGACGAUCCUUUUUUCGAUAAUUGCUUGUGCUCGUUCCGUGUUGGUAAGUUAACAUUAUCGAGUCGCAUCGCCCUUGACCUACCUCGUACUAGUCGUAAUCGUAUCAAACUCGACCAACGUUACGAAACAUGGCUGCUGAUGAAACAACGAGAGAAAGAAGUCUGAAAGCGCACGAGGCUCGAUUAGAACGUUGUUUUCUUCGACGAUAUCCGUCCAUAAUUCUACCCACUCGUCGGAUGUUUAUCGAGACGUCACUUUCUUCCUGAUACCGGCCACCGUUGGCUCCCAUCGCCACGUCUACCACAUAUUGUAUGCUACAUAAAACUGGCUAUAAUAUCUAUGAUUCACACAGACUUCACUACAGUAGCACACUUCCAGUUGAAGAUUCCAGUUGUCCGCGAGCGAGGCCAAUCCGUGUCUAGACGCCUUUUCCAUUUCUUUCGCGAUCCAUCUCGUCGAUCUCAACGUUCGUCUGUUAGAAUGUGCGCUUUAUGACUUUGUGCUCGUUAUAUCCCAUUGACGUCUUCGAUAUUACGACCCUUCGUUGGACAGGGUUGGUUCGUCGUAAAGGAGAGAAAGGUCGCGGAAAGGAGGAAAGUCUCGUCGUCGAUUCCUCUCCUGUCUCGCGGCACCGCGUGCACGUGGAUAAUUUAUAGUCAACCGUGGACGAUGAUGGCGUCAUUGGAGAAUAAAGUGGAUGAACAAGUCAGCAAGGUACCGCAGCAGAAUGGAGGCAAUUGCAGGAACGAGGAACUGCAGCUGGAAGAUGUUCCAGAUAACAACAACGAGAGCAUCGAGGUGGAGAUGGUGGUGCCACCGGAUGGUGGAUGGGGUUGGAUGAUCGUCGCAGCCUCCUUCAUGUGCAACCUCUUCGUGGAUGGCAUCAUUUUUAGCUUCGGUGUCUUUCUCAACGAUAUUUCCGAAGCUUUCGCAGUGUCGAAGGCGAGAGUGGCGCUGGUUGGUUCGUUGCAGUCUGGAUUUUAUCUUAUGGCUGGUCCAUUCGUGUCAGCAUUGGCCAACAGGUACGGUUUUCGUCUGGUAGCGAUCCUUGGAAGCGUGAUAAGUUGCAGCGCCUUUGUCCUGUCGUACUUCAGCACUUCCAUCGAGUUCCUCUAUAUCUCUUACGGCGUGCUCGGAGGUAUCGGGGCAGGCCUGAUUUACGUGCCGGCUGUCAUAACUACCGGAUUUUAUUUUGAAAGAUGGCGAGCGCUGGCUACCGGGAUCGCGGUCUGCGGAUCCGGAAUCGGCGCUUUCAUGCUCGCGCCUAUCUCAGACAUACUGGUGAAGCAAUUCGGUUGGAGGGGCGCCUUGCUCUUCCAAGCAGGAAUGCUGUUAAAUUGUGCCAUUUUCGGUGCCAUGUUCCGUCCAUUGAAGUCAACGCGGAUUAAGGUGAAAUCCAGCCCGGAGAACGCGGGUUUGGAAGUAAAAAGCAGUUUGAUGGCAAGGGGAGUGUCCACGGCGUCGUUGCAUUGUAUGCAACCAGAGAGAAGCGGUUUCUUUGGAACCAAUAACAAUACCGAUUAUCCAACGGCUGCUGAGCUGCUUGGAAGCAACUCCAACAUAGUAAACGCCUCCAAGUCGUUGCAUUCUCUUCAUAAGAUUCACGCGGAGCUGCGAACUCUGGAAAGGAAGUUGAGUAGCUCGGAGAAGCGGCUGUCCGUGCCGAUCUAUCCAGAGUUGGACGUGAACAUGGACGAGAAGAUGGUCGAAGAGGAGAACAAUCUCCUCGGUGGAGAUGUGGAGAGACUGAAUGGCAAAGUGCCCACGAUUCGCAGGCAUACGAUCAGCGGCAGACGACUGCGCGCGGACUCGGACUGCAGCCAGAAAUCGCUCAAGAUGGGCAACAGGCGAAACCCAUUCAGCAAGGAUCCGCAGAGACCGUUCUACAGGGACGAUAUCUUUUACGGCGGUUCCCUGAACAGACUGCCGCAUUACAAAUCGCAGCAAUCGUCCGUUGGCUAUCACAUGUCUGUCACGCGUUUGCCUACUGCGACGGACGUCGCCGAAGAGGAGAGUGGAAGCUGUUACAUCUGUCCAGAGAGCGUACGUCGAAUCUUGACGACGAUGCUCGAUUUGAGUCUUCUCAAGAGUCCAUCUUUCUUGAUCCUGGCUAUAUCCGGAGGACUUACGAUGAUGGGUUUCUAUACACCUUUUAUGUACGUCCCAGAUCGAGCCCAAUUGGCAGGCAUCGAGGCCUCGACCGCUAUGUUUCUUGUCUCUGUGAUCGGUAUCGGCAACACAAUUGGCCGUGUUGUGUGUGGAUUGGCUAGCAGCUUGCCAGGAGUUAACGCGUUGGUCGUCAACAAUAUAUUCAUCAGUGCCGCUGGCCUUUUCACCAUUUUCUCCGGAUUAUCCCUCAGCAAGGGCUACCAGUUCUUUUACGCUGCCGGUUUUGGCAUUAGCAUAUCUGUCUUCGCCUCGCUGCGAUCGAUCCUGGUGGUAGAUCUCCUGGGAUUAGAGAAACUGACCAACGCUUUCGGAUUGCUUCUUUUGUUUCAAGGCGUGGCAGCUGCCGUAGGCGCGCCUCUUGCAGGUAUCUUUAUGGAUGCAACCGGAAGUUACGAUGCCUCGUUUUACCUGUCUGGUAGCCUGAUCUUUCUCUCGGCUGUGAUCUGUUACCCCUUGAAGAGAAUCAACGUGUGGGAGACUAAAAAGAACGGCGACAAAUGCAGCGACGAUCCAUCCUAGUCCUGGUCGACGUCGAGCGCAAGACAGAACGCCGUAGACUGAAGUCUAUCACGUAUUCUCGUUGUCGGCCACCGUGUGUGUUUGUACAUACUAACGCGUAAAUAAUUUAUAACACGACUGCUCGAAUCGAUAAUUACUCCGUGUGGUGGCAGCAGGACAAGCGUGAUCAUCGCAGCUAUGAGAAAGGGGCUCGUUCGUGUUCUUUGGAACUAAAACGGUCUAUCGAGACGUUCAGGCGAGUGCAGCAGACGAUUCCAUACCGAGAGGAAUACCGUCCAGAGUAUAAAGCUUCUGUCCAAAUCUAAGGUCGAGCUUUGCAUUCCCAUGAAACGUCGGAGUGCUGUUUUCGUAUUCCGAGUAGCGCGUGAACAUGUCGCGAACUCGCUGUCAGCUUUUACGCUGUUUUUAAUCACCGACGUGCCUUCUCGUAUCUUACAACGGAUGGUUGGGAGUCGUGAGAUAUUUCUCUAGAUCGUUCGAUGACGGAACAUAUGUGUUCGUUGUUACGUGCCUUGCGUUUUUAUAAAGAGAUUUUAUUCGAACGUUAUUUCCCACGUUAUUCAUUGGGAUGCUUUACAAUUGAUAAUUCGCCGAUCUCCUGUUAAUUUACAGGGAUUGCAAGGAUUUUAGAAUGUAAGGAAGACGUUUGUAUAUCAACACACGUCUCCGAAACAACAGAUUAUUGCUUUACUUCGAUGUACGUUCUAUUUGAUCCAGCUUCGCUACGAUCCUAUACUGUCAAAAAUCUUAUUUAUAGCGCGAUAUCGUAAAUACGAUCGUAUACACCUAUUUCCUUAUUGCGAUGCUGCAGACGGGAAUAAUUACGCUGCUUUAUCUAUUGUACAUCUUGCAUCGUUUCGAGAGGAAUGCGCAUGGAACGUUUGUAUCUCUAGGAAGAUUGGCGCGCGAAGGCGAAGUGAAUAUUCUCGUUAAAUCGAUCGAGCACGCCUUCCACUUCCGCGAAUAUCUUAUAAAACGCGUUUCUAUAAUGAAUAAGCAACACACUAUUACACGCGAAGGCGUAUGUACUUGCAUAAACGAGUACACGUAAUCUAGAUAGAUCGUGCAUCCGUUCUGGUGCAAUGCUAUUUAUAGAGUUAAUUAAUCACUAAACCGACAUCCGGCAGCGUGGUUCCGGAUGUUCGGCCCAUCCCUAGGUGUUUAAGGAUUUGCUCAAAAAUGAAAUCCGUUCCUAUUGUUCCUAAUUAAUUAUCUACUCUAGCAUUUUUCUUUGCGUUUCUUUUUUUCUUUUUGUUUCCUUAGAAUUGUUCGAUGUGCUUCGUGACGAUGUAGCGUUGCAUCGUUCCGCGGAGGAUCGAUCAUUUCAUUACUUAAGAAUUUAUUUAACAAUGCCGUAAAAAAUAAAGUUCGUCGAGAAAGGUAUAAAAAUACUGUACCAAGUGUAUCGCAACAGAUAAGAAACGUGUGAAAAAAUUCAGUCGCAGCUAGCAUUUCGAAACACAGUGGAAAAAUGCAUAAUCCGCUUUUAAACUAAAGACCAUCUCACCUGUUACGAUACACACCCCGUUUUCCAAUCUACGAAGUACGAACGAAAAGUCGAUAUUGUUCAGAGUGCGUAGGACGCGUGUGAUGCCAGUGAUCCGAAUCCAACACGCGAUACAACCUACGGUACGGUACGAAACAAUCAGAAAAGAAAAUAUCGGAGAAGAAGAAACACAUGCACGGAUGUAUUUUCCGAUCGCGAUAUUUUCCCAACUUUCUAAACUACCCUCUCUCUUUGCCAAACCGUUUUCUACACGAGCUUCGACAUGUCGCAUUAAAGAGCGACACGUGCCAAAUGCGAUAUUCCAUUAGACGACGUAACGUUUGUUUCGAUAGAUAAUCGAGUCUCGUGGAAAUAGAUUGUACGAACUCGUUUUCAGACAUAUACUUGAUCGCGUGUCACGAGGAUGGUCGCCGCGUGAUACGCGUCGCAUAUUUGCUGAUUGACAGCGAAACGAUAUUGUUACACAAAUAUGUAAAUGUGCGAUUAAAUAUCAAGACUAUGAAAAGGAAAGAGAUAAAAAACGAGGAACGCCUGAAA